AUGGCAGGUCGGCGGUCGUCAGCAUCCACAUCGACAUCGCUUCGGACAUGGGAUCUCGCCUCAGAUCAGCCUGCCUCGACCUCCACGACCUCGCCACUGACUCUUGCCUCGUGGACCGGUGGUCUGCCAACAACUCUCACGCAACAUCCUCCCACCGCGGCCGAAAUCGCAAGAUACCCAGAAUAUACCAUCUACCCGUUCCAACGGAGCCAGCAAAUCGCGCCAGACGUGCCGCCCCCGGCAGAUCCAUACGAUCCGUUCUUCAUUCCUCAGGCGAUCCUCUUCGAUGCGCCCGUCUCUCCUCAACCCACGUCCAAAAUCCUGCAGCUGCCACCCGAGAUCCUGACACUCAUCUUGGAGAAAGUCAAGAUUCCCUACUUCCAGGUCUCGCUCGCGCUCACAUGCAAGACCAUGGCCCGCAUCGCGUCUCAAAGGAACGUCAUGUCCCCCUGGCGCGGCUACCGUGACAAGGACGGCCUGUUCCGCCUGCUCGAACGGAAGAACAAAUGGAUGCCACCGUCGCUCAACCUAUGUCGCGCAUGCUUCAUGUUCAGACCCCGAGACAUUGCAUUCUGGGAGAGGCAGCUGAAGAGCCCCGAGUUCGACUGUAUAUACGCCAACUGGUACGAUAUCUUCGGCUGGUUCGAUCAAACUUACCAGCAGCACCGGUGUCCGUGGUGCACCAUCUUGGGAUACACGGCCUAUUUCCGCGAGGGGCAGUUUAUCGAGGAUCGAAAGAACGGGCCGCGUACGAGGACCCAGUCAAUGUGUCCUGAUUUGACCAGGAGGAUUGAUCGACCCUGA